AUGAGCACCACUGGCUAUUACGAAUUGUACCGCAGAAGUACCAUAGGUGCUGCAUUAAUGGAUUCCCUCGAUACAUUGAUUAGUGACGGUAGAAUCGAGGCUUCUUUAGCCAUCCGCGUGCUAGAAACCUUCGACAAAGUUGUCUCGGAAGCCCUCAGGGACAAAACAAGCGCCAAAUUGACCUUCAAAGGCCACUUGGAUACCUACAGAUUCUGCGACGAUGUCUGGACAUUCAUCAUUAAGGAUUGCCAAGUGAAUUUGGACCAGCCUAGUACUGAUGAUUCUGAAAAUAAUUUCACUUGUGAUAGAUUACAUAUAGUUGCCUGCAAUUCCAAGUAA